AUGUUCUGGUCGUUCGCCUUCAUCGUCGAUGUCGAAGAGAGAGAGAGAGAAGAAAGACAGAAGGGAGGUAGAGAGAUAGGAGAGGACACAGAGAGGCUUGAGAGAGAAGAGAAGGAAAGUGAUAGGAGUAAUCUUGAUGACAAGACCAGGAAAAACAUCAUCGGAAUCAUGAAUAUGUGGGUUCUGCUCGACUAUGAAGGGAUCAUCGCAUUUGUCGCUGAUACUGUGGAGAGUUUCACCUUCUCUUGCAACAUAGAUUUCCUCGCAGGGGUAGUCUUUCAGCUGGUUAUUUCUCACUAG